AUGAAGGGCAGACUUGAUAUCCUACACAAAAUGGCUAAUGUAUUAACUCAUAAAAUUAAUUGGAAAGAAUUCGCCUGUGGCUGGGGAGCUGCCUUUAUAAAUGUUUCAAUAACGUAUCCUGUAAAUAAAUUAAUUUUUCGGCAAAUGCUGUAUGGGGUAGGAAUAAUGCCAGCAUUUCGACAGCUACGUAAGGAAGGCCUAUUUUACCUGUACAGGGGCAUGAUGCCUCCGAUGUGCCAGAAAACCCUGUCAAUGUCCAUAAUGUUUGGGGUUUACGAAGAAGUCAGAAGGGGUUUAUUAGCGACUGGAUGCAACUCGUACGUUGCAAAGGCUGCGGGGUCCCUCGUUUCGGGAACCACCGAAGCUAUUCUAAUGCCUUUCGAACGAGUACAAACGAUAUUAGCCGAUUCUAAAUACCACCAAAAUUACAAAAACACCAUUCACGUAUUCAGAGAUUUACGGAGAUACGGUUACGGGGAGUAUUAUCGCGGUCUGGCUCCCAUAUUACUCAGGAACGGGCCUUCGAACGUUGGUUUUUUCAUAAUUAGAGAGGAACUUCAAGAAAUUAUUCCUAAAAAUAAAAAUGUAUUGUUAAGGACUUCCAUUGAAUUUAUCAGCGGAGCCAUGAUUGGUGUAGUGUUAUCGAGCUUAUUCUAUCCGUUAAACGUCGUGAAAAUAGCCAUGCAAAAGAAAAUAGGCGGCCCGUCGGAGAAUCCCUUUAAAAUUCUGAUCAAAAUAUACAAAGAAAGAGGCGGCAAAAUCAGAUAUAUCUACUAUGGUGUUCAAUUGAAUUGCACAAGAGCAUUUAUAAGCUGGGGUGUCAUGAAUACUGCUUAUGAACGUUUGAAAUCUGUUAUUUACUAA